UAUAACCAGUAAUCACAAUUUUUUUUAAAAUUAUGACGGCUGCUGAAAUUAAAGAUGAAUCGACAUUAAUUGGAUCAGAGAAUCAAUUUCAGAAAGGAGUGAAAAGGUUAUACGAUAAAGGGAUUUCAAAGCUUCCAACACAGUACAUUUGGCCGGCGUUGGACCGACCAGACAUGUCGAAAACUCAGUCCGAUAAUCUUCAACUUCCGGUGAUUGAUUUCGCUGAGCUUCAAGGUCCAAACAGGAUUAGGGUUCUUGAAUCUCUACAAAAGGCUUGUGAAACAUAUGGUUUCUUUCAGGUGGUGAAUCAUGGGAUUCCGGUUGAUGUUACAAGUACAAUGAUGGAGGCAAGUAAAAGGAUGUUUGAAUUGCCUUUUGAGGAGAGAGAAAAAUAUAUGACGCCGGAUAUGGCGGCGCUUGUCCGGUACGGUACAAGUUUCAUACAAACUAUGGACGGAGUACUUUCAUGGAGAGACUUUUUUAAGCUGACAUGUAAUCCACCGGUCUCUCAGGCGGUUCAAAAUUGGCCAUCUUCUCCCAUUAAUUUUAGAGAAUUGGCAGUUCCAUAUGUGAAUCAAACAAGAAAUUUGUUCUUCAAGCUUGUGGAAGCCAUAUGGGAAAGUCUCGGAUUAUCGAAUACCAACUUAGGAGAUGAUACAAGUAAAACCGACGAAGAAGGGAGAGAAAUUUACGAAGAUUUAAAAGACGGCAGCCAAAUAAUCAUGAUGAAUUGUUUCCCACCAUGCCCGGAGCCCCAUUUAACCUUAGGAAUGCCACCUCAUUCGGAUUACGGAUUUCUAACUCUCCUUCUCCAAGACCAAGUCAAGGGCCUACAAUUACAGUUGGGAGGAAAAUGGGUGACCGUUGAACCAAUACCUAAUUCAUUUUUAGUCAAUGUUGGAGAUCAUCUUGAGAUCUUUAGCAAUGGAAGAUAUAAGAGCGUGCUUCAUAGAGUAAUGGCCAACUCGACCAAGUCUCGCAUCUCCAUAGCGUCUUUGCAUAGCGUUCCGUCAAGGACAGUGGUCAAGCCUGCAGGAAAACUAAUCGAUGAUAGAAAUCCAAAGCGUUAUAUGGACACAGAUUUUGCGACAUUUAUUAAGUACAUCACGUCAAAUGAAUUCAACAAGAAAAACUUCCUAGAGUCUAGAAAGCUAGUCAAUUGAAGGGUCGAUAAGAAUAUGUUGGUAAUACAUAGUUUCAAAUAAAGAAAUUGUCAUUUACGGACAAAUUGUAGACAUGUAAAACAAUUUUUGAAUCAAAGUAUAAGUAUUUACAUAUA